UGUCGCUAUACCGAAGGUGAAGGUCGAUUGAUCCCAAGAAAAAGUCUACGAUCAAGUCUGCUGAGAAUCCACCUAAAAUGCAACAUUAGAAAUGAUACUGAAAAUGAUUUGCUGACAUCAAAAUUUCUGAAUGUGUGGACUAAAGUUGCCGGGUCUGGGAGGAACCCUGAGAGUUGAUGAUGAAUUUAAACAAGCAACCAUUGUUUCCAGAAGAGGAGGAGAUAUUGCCGGAUAACAAUUUUGAAUGUGGAUCAUCCCCUUCACACGUAGCCCAGCAUUUGAGGACAUCUACUGACAAGUUUAUGUUAACAGGAUCUACAAAAUCAACCAGAAAUUCUCACACAACCCUAAAUGGAGGUCAACAAAAGUUUGCGUUCAACAAGCAAGAAAUGUUUCGUCACUUUGAUGAUCAAGGACAAAAUGCUAAGUCUGAAUCUUCAGAUUCUGAAAGAAAUGAUGAUUCUCAACCAGGACCAAGUAGUGGGCAACAAAAUGUUCAAUCUGAACAGGUAUCCACUAGUGUUAUAAACACUGCCAAGCUGUUGUGUAAAUCAGGGAAGAUAAACUCCGACCAGUUACAGCAACUCCUGAAGUAUAUUACCCAGUCACGUGGUAUAACAUUGCACAAUUCCACCAGUGGGAGGACUGAUCACUCAAAAUUGACCAGCUUGAUAAGUCAGCUUGCUCAGCAAUCCAAAGAUAAACAGGGAGUGUCAGGUGGAGCAGAAAGUCAGCAGGUAGAUUUGGACAGUCAGCAAGUUCAUUUGAGGAAACAUCAGGUUAAUUUGGAUGGCCAUCAAGUGCAAUCAAGUGACCAGCGAAUUCCAUCUGUUGGUCAAAGCACACCUGUGCAGUAUGAAGGUACCAAGAAACCUGGUGUGACAAAAGAUCUGUGUAAGACUACAUCUACAGUACAAUCAAUCUGCCAUCCUGUGCUGUGUCAGACUUCAGAAUCUAAAAACACCUCCACUGAUACUGUUUUGAACACUGAUAUCACCAGCAGCAGGAGUCACAGGCCAGUCAUAGCAAAGAUGCUGCAAGGUGUUGACUUGCAGGCAUUCACUCCUGUGGAUCAGGCACUGUCCUUGUUUGAGGUUGCUCCAUCGAUUCAACAGGAUACAGCACAGUUUCAUCCUCACAGCCUCAGCAUUGUCUCAGAAUCCUACUGUCCAUCCAUUCACUCUGUGACAGUGAAGGCAGCUACAACACCACCUACACAGAUUAAUGUUGGACAUAGCCCGGACAAUGGUAUAAUGGAUGCCAAUGACACCACUGGUUGGGAGUACUCCGGUGCCAAUCUAGCUGACCUUCUCAUCCCAGAUACCAGUGGAUCGGAUGCUGCAACAGAAGAUAAUGAUUGUUCAACAACAUUUCUGGCCAGUGGAGAUGGUAACUUGAUGAGAACAUUGAAAACAGGACGGACUGAUGAGCUCCCAGGUACAUCUGGAAUCUCCUAUAGGGAUAACAGUCUACAACGCAAGACACAAAAUGAUGUGGAAGCAUCUGAAUUUUACUGUAGUCCUGAGAAAGUGCUGAAAUUGGAAUCAUCCACAAGUGCCAAUUCCAGUGUUUCUGGUAGUUUUUCCGAGUUUGUAUUACCAUCUCUAAAUUCUAAGUCAUCAAAUUUGAAGCGUAAACGAUAUAAAAAGACUGCAGAUGCUCUACAGGGCUCUGGUCUUAUGGACAUCACUGUGAAAACUGCAGAACUUAUACAAAGGAACAGUAAGUUACAAAAAGAAAUUGACCAGUUAAAGAAGGAAGCAGCUCAAUUUUAUGAAAGUGUUCUUCAAAAUCCAGAAAAUAGAGAAAUUAGAGAAAAGUUAAAAAGGACAGAACAGCAAUCCACACAUUUAUAGCCAAAUCUGAGUGUCCAUUGGUAAUUGUAUGGGUUAUACAUGAGGCUAGCCUAUGAGUGGUUGGUUGUUGGAUACUGUAGUUAAAUCACUUGAAUAAGUUAAAAAAAGAAUAUUGAGGUUACAAAAGAUACAAGCUCUAGCAUUUGGCUUUUUAAACUUUUGAAAAGUAAUUGGUGUAAUGAAUGAGUUAAAUACCAGAUCCAACAACCACAUGUUGUGUGAUGUGUUUCUGUCCCAGUAAUAUAAGUCGGAAAUGGCUGGAAUGUGACUUUGUUUGAAUACACAAGUGUCUUUUGAUAUUUAAAUAAAGCAUAAUCAUUUGACCCAUAUAUAAAAGUUACCAAUUAAUAUAUUAAUAUAUAGAUACUAUUUUUAUAGACUUUAAAUUUUAUAUCAAUUUAUUUAUUCAGGAAUAACCAUAUAACACAUGUCAUUUUAACUCACAUUAAAACUAUGAGCAUUUCUAUCAGGGCCCACAAGAGUGAUUAAUAUAGAUAGUUUAACUCCUAUCGUUAUAUUUUAAUGAACUUUUUCAAAUUUAUUUCACAGUUGAAAUUAUGCAGUUUUUCAAAUACUCUAAACAAUGGAAAACUUUUUGUACAUCCUAUCCAAUCAAACCUCCCUCAGACCACAAACUAUAUUUGUCUCACCUGCAACAAAAGUUUUAUGUCUAGAUCAGUUCUAUACUUUAACCAGACUUGGCAUGUAAUUUGAUUACAUAGUGGACAUCUCAUCACAGCCUACAUUUAUGGAAUAUCAUCCAGAAUGGUCCAGUUACUGAAAAUAAGGAAUGGUGGGAAUCUGGAAUUUUGUGUUCGGGUCAGUUUUACAAAAAGCAUCAAUUUUCUUUCAACCAAACCUGGAAUAUAGCUGCAUUGUAGAAUGGACAUCUACACACACCCUACAGAUUACAUGAAUUUUAAGUUUUUGCUGUAAAUUAAUAUUAAAAACCUUAGAUUGUGAGAAAUUAAUAAUCUUUAUUGCUUCUCUAAAUGAUUUACAAUUUAGGUUAUAGCCAAAAUGCAAUCAAUUCUAUAAUAAAUAAGAUAUUCAAGAUAUUAAUAAAGUAUCAUCUUGUAACUAUUCAGAAAGAGUGAUUUUGAGGUAAAAAUGACAUAUUGGUGAAUUUUGGCAAUAAGUGUUUUUGUUAAAUUCGAUAUUUGUUUUGCAAUGCAUCAAUAUGUACACAUGUCUAUAAUGUAUACUGGGUGUUUCAACACUAUUAAGUGGAGGUAUUGUUUGUUUGUGGAAAAAAUAUUGAAAUUUUAGUGAAUUUUGGAGUUGUUUAACUGAAUUGUUUAAUUUGUGGAUGAUAUUGAAAGGGUGAAUUUUUCUAAUGAUGAACUUACCUAGUACAUGUAAUGGCAUUUGCAACAUCUCAAUGUAAACUGGGUGAAUUUAGCAGUACAUGAAUGUAUCUGUAUCAUCUUAAUGUAAAAUAUGGAUGAAUUUAGCAGCUUUCAUAUCAUCUCAUUGUUAACUGUGGAUGAAUUCAGCAGCAUUUAUAGCAUCUCAAUGUAAACUGAGGAUGAGAUCUCGAACUAUUUCACCACUUAUUUUUAUUCGCUUACCAUUUAUAUGUUACUGUAAUCAAAUUCUUACAGUUUUUGUGUUAUUUGCAAUUCUUUGAAAAUAUCAAAAUUGAUAUUGAUACUUCAUGGAUCAAGACACAUUAGUUUUUUGUUUCAAACCUGCCUACUAGCUACCUACUACUUCAGAAAGUAGAUCAUUGUUGUUAGCUUAACUAGCUCAAAGUGCUGUAUGCUGUGGUGCAUCAUCCAUCGUCUGUCAUUUGUCCAUCUGAUGUCAAUUUCUCAAUUCAAACAACUUCUUUUCAUUGACCAAAGGGUCCAGAGUCAUCAUAUUUUUGGCUAAAAGGUUCCUGAGAUGGAGCCCCACAAAGUUUGCAGAAAUGAAUCACCUUGACCCAUUUUUAAGGUCACAGGGGUAAAAUUUCUUGAAACCUUUAAACAACUUUUUUGGUUAACCAAAAGGCCUAAAAGCAUGACAUAUUGCCGAUAGGUUCUUACAGUGAGGCCCGACAAAUUUUGCUAAAAAAAGGACCUUGAUCUAUAUUUAAGAUCACAGGGGUCAAAUUUCUAAAAAAAAACUUUUAACAAUCUCUUCUGGUGAAUCAUAAUCAAAAGCCUAGAAUGGGGAUGUUUGGCUUGUAAAUUUCUGGGAUAGUUUGCAUAAAGAAAUGACCUUUUAUCCAUAUUCAUUGUCAGAGGUUAAAUUUGAAAAAAAAUAAAUAAAGAACUUCUGAUCAACCGAAAGGUCUAAAAUAAAGUUAUUUUGAUUAAAUGAAAGGAAGAGAAUCCUAAAUAAAAUUGAAUACAUGGUGAGCAAUGCAGUUUCAUUGGGCAUCUUGUUUGUUAACAUGGGGACCUCACCUGAAUAUUGUAUUAAUUUUAUUAAAAAUGUGUCGUAGUGGGGUGCAAUUUCAAGUCGUGACUUUGAAGCCAGUUAGAUAAUUUACUUUAAAAGUUUAAAGGUCAAUAUGUGUUUUCAAGUUGAAAUGCUGCAUGAUUGAUGCUCUAUUUUGUUAUAUUGAUUAUUACCUGGAUAUUGAUUGUGCCAAUAAACAUAAUUGUAAUGAA